AAUAAAUUGUCUCAAACAUUACUGUUUCAUUUGUAAACAUCAAUCAAUUGUUUCAGGCUCCAUUAUUCUUGUUGUCUUUUCUUUGAUCUUCAUAACCUUCUGCUUCCAGGCACUUCACUUUCGAUUGCUGAUACAUACUACUUAUAUCUAUCGACAUCAGUAGCACACACCUCACUAGUACAUAAUCAUUGGAAAAAUCCAAAUGACAAUUCUGUUCAGAUUUUCACGAGCAUGGGCCGCUCACCAGCAUUCACCAUCUAAUCAUGUCGUGGGCAAUCGCUUCUUGGCUCCCUGAGCUAAAAUCAUGUGUAAUAUCUGUUCAUUGCGAUGUAAUUUUUGUAAUUCAUUAAACUACUUAUAAAGAAAAUUUCUUACGUUUAGUUUUCUUUUUCAAUGUUUGUUGUUGAUAAAAAGACAAAAAAAGUCGAAAGAGAAGUAAUAUUCUGUUAUUCAGUUGAUAUUAGUUAUAUAGUAAUAAUGAGAAAUAUUAAGGUGAGUGAUAACCUUGGUGAUUGGAUUUGUAGUGUCGGUUAUUAUGUUGAGCCCAUAUACCUUAUUCUAGCUUUCGGACAGCCCACUCUAUUCAUUCUACUUGAGUCACAUUCUGACCCUGUUAUUUAUUCGCUUAUCAAUCUUGACUGUUUUCAUAUGAACGCGUACACUUCUUAUCCCAUUACUCAUCACAUGUCUGUAACUUACUUUUGUGUAACUAUAAAUAUUGAUUAACGUUUGGUUAAAUGGGAGUUGGCUUACCAGCCAUCUCCACUGUGCAUCGUUUCUUCUCUCUCUAUUCCAUUCACUUCAUAUACAAAAUAUAUGUAUUCACAAGUUCAUUCUCGUUAUUCGACUUAUUUAAUUCUGUUAUUGACUAACGCGAUUAAAGUCGAUGAUUAUAUACGAGGAUAGGUGAUAACAAACAUCCAUUACGAUCUUUUUGGAGUCAGAUCUACGGGCCACUAAACAUUUUCGAGACAUUACUACUCUUAUAGUUUUAUGUAUAAUUAUGAACAGUUGGUUUUAGUGUUUCAACUGUUAUUAUAUCUUUGUAUGCUUUCAAAUUAUUGUAAUUUAGUUAUGGGUUUAGUAUCAAAAUUUUGUACUAUAAAUGUACUAUUGUGGUAUAUACUGUUUUUUUAUUUAUUCACUGUGUUCUGUAGUUC